GCUUUCAGCAAACCUCCUGGUCAGACUCGGAGUCUCUGCUAGCCUGUCAGUCACCGUUAGCUCUGUCUCAGUCGCUCGGCCCUUCUUCUCCUCCCCCUCUGCUGUUCUUCCCCCCCCCCCUCUCUUUCUCUCUCUGUCUCUCUCUCUCUCGCUCUUGUUCUCAUCUUCUGUUUCUCUGUGGUGAUCUCCUUUCUUCGUGCCUGUUGCUCCUUCUUCUGCUGCUACAGCUGCUCCCACCAACUCAGUCUUGAGGGAAAGUGCUGGGUGAUGGACUGCUGAACGGCUUGUACAUUGCUGUAAAGUGAGCCUCAGCAGUGCCUCCCUCCUCUGCUUAAUGAAGUGGAGACCAGCCAAGAGCAUGUAACAGGUCUUUGUCACUGCCUGAACUAUCCUAGUCCCGGAUAUCUCCUGACUCCAUUCACUUAAAUGCUUAGCUGUGAGCCGGUUGAGUGACAGGACCCACAGACAUGGGGAAGCAGAACAGCAAGCUCCGCCCUGAGGUGAUGCAGGACCUCCUGGAGAGCACCGACUUCACCGAGCAUGAGAUCCAGGAGUGGUACAAGGGCUUCCUGAGGGACUGCCCCAGUGGCAACCUCUCUAUGGAGGAGUUCAAGAAGAUCUACGGUAACUUCUUCCCCUACGGAGACGCUUCAAAGUUCGCCGAGCAUGUCUUCCGCACAUUCGAUGCCAAUGGCGAUGGGACAAUAGACUUUCGGGAGUUCAUCAUUGCAUUGAGUGUGACGUCACGUGGAAAGCUGGAGCAGAAGUUGAAAUGGGCGUUCAGUAUGUACGACCUGGACGGAAACGGGUACAUCAGCAAAUCUGAGAUGCUGGAGAUUGUUCAGGCAAUCUACAAGAUGGUGUCCUCUGUGAUGAAGAUGCCUGAGGACGAGUCGACACCUGAGAAGAGGACGGAGAAGAUCUUCAGGCAGAUGGACACCAACAGAGAUGGUAAGCUGUCUCUGGAGGAGUUUAUCAAAGGAGCGAAGAGCGACCCCUCCAUCGUGCGCCUGCUGCAGUGUGACCCCAGCAGCGCCGGACAGUUUUAACGCUGAGGCAUCCACACGACCUUGCUUCUUUUGGUGAAUCCAAAUGCCCUUAACUCUCCACUCCGGAGCAGACUGAUGAUGAAGAAUGACAAGCGGAUGACGAUGAAGAAGACAAGCCUUCAACAUGCACUGAGGACAUCAAAGACGGGCACAGGAGCCCAAUUCUCCAGCUGACCCCUGAGCUGUUUAUCCAAACCCUCCAGACCCCCACACCGACUAAACCUGAUGACCCCCCUCCACCCCAUCAGGUUACCACACCCCACUGAUUGUAGUUCCCUCGGUCCUUCUAUAGGCGCGUCCGAGUUUAAAGCAGGUCUACAGUAGGUUGUACAUAUACAGUAUAAACUGGAGUGUCUGUAUCAGUGUCUUUACUCUCUGUGCCCCACAAAGCCCACACACAGCCUCUGUCACUCUGUGUGUGUCAUAGAGUGUGUGUGCAUGAGACGAGAGAGGGAGAGAUAUAACGGUGUUGAACAGCAGGACAUACUGUAGGUGAGAUUAUUGAAUCUGCAGAGGACUUGUGAAGUUUGUCCUUCACUCAGAACGAGUACCGCUUUUAGUUUCCUCUUUUCUACUGUGAGAAUGUGUACAUGUGUUUGUGUAUUUUGCAAACUUGAUAGACUUUGUUUGAUAUUUUUGCGCUGGGACAGAUUAACAUGAACAUGUAAUAUUAUACUACUAUGCAUGUGUGCGCCUAAUCAGUAGUUUGAUUCUGCAAAGUCUCACUGAGGUGAUGAAACACAUCUCUUUAUCCAACAUCUGUUCCAGGUUUUCAUAUCAGCAAGAAUCUGACUCCAGCCUAAGGAAAAAAGAAAACUAGUCUUUUAAAGUAUUUGGAUACAGUGUAGAUAUAUUAAAGUGCACCUACAUUUGAAAGAAAUGUUGUGAAAUAAUACAAAAAGGUUAUUUUAUGAAGCUUUGCAGGAUGUUGAGCAUGCAUACCAGUUUCUUUCUUUCUGCGACAUGUGAAGAACUGAAACCCCUUCCUUGCGUUCACUUUUCGAUGUUUUUAAUGCUGCAUGUUUAACAGUUGGCUGCAGGGAUGCAUAGACCCAACACCAAGUAUGCAUGUGACUUAUGCGCAUGUGUGUUUGACAUAUGUUUACGGAUAUCAGUGGCUAAAGGGCCAGCUGUGAGCUCGCUUCUGUAUGUUAGUAUCGUCACAGUGAUGCCAGCAGCCAGUGUUAUUGACAGCAUACGGACCGCCACAGCUGACACGUGUCAGGGAUCUCAUGAAUACCUUCAUGGAGGGAACAUAAAGAUGCACUGCUAGAUGGGGAUGCUGGGAAAUCUGAGCCUUUUUUCUUUUUAAUUUGAGCUCAAAAAUGAAAUCAUCACUCAUACACACAGAUGACCACGCAUGGUCAAGCAUAAAUAAAAAUGAAUAAUAAGUAUAAUAUAGUCAGCCUUCCAAAUAAAGAGAAAAAAUCUCCUUGAUGUUUGUAAGAAAGUUGAACUGGCAUCAGUGUAACCCUGCCCUGAAUGUACACCCCCCCCCACACACACACACACACACAGCCAAGCCGUUUCAGUUAUUGCAUUAUUUUCCAAUUAGAAAAGCUUUGAAUGUUUUAAUAACUGCUGGGGUUUUUUGUGAAGAAAAAAGAUGUAGACAAACAAACCGAAAAUCACAACUACUGCGAUGACACUGUCUCUGUUGCUUUUAUUGUAUUUCUAUGAUUUUAUGAUGUGUUUUUUUUUUGUUUUUUUUGUUUUUUACAGCCAAGUCGGGUGUAACAUUUCUGUAAAAACAAAAUAGGAUCUUGUGGUCAAGUGCCAAUUAAAAACAAAACAGUAUUGUAUACAUUUAUACUGUACAAAUGUUAUCUGUUGAACAAAUUGUUUGUAAUUGUUGCAUUUUGUAGGUUUUGUAUGGUAUCCUGUAUUUAGUGACUGCAGUUUUGGAACACAGGAUUGUUUUUGGUCAACUUUAAAAAGCAAGAAUUAAAUUUACAUUUUAUUGUGUGCAAGCAGUAAUGUGGUGUGUGCUUAUUUGCAAUACAGCGGUUUCCGCGGCAACAUGGAUAUAGUUCACGCUAUAGAAGACAUACUGUGGUAUUAUAGCUCAUCUAGAAUUUUUAUAUUUUGCUACGGUUCAUGUUUUAGUUGUUCCAAAACAUGCUACCAGGUCACUGCAUUUUUUAUUUGGAUUAUUAUCACGGAAACCCAAAGAACGGCUGAGCUGACGGAGUAUCAGAACUUUUCAGGAGUUCGGCCGUGAUCUAAAGUAAUGCAGUACAUCAGUGUUCAGUGAAGCGUAAUGAGGGAGAUGACUGUGAGCCGCCACACCGAUCCUGCUCUGAGAGGAACACUGUGUGAUGACUCCUGCAGCAGGACAUUGAAUGUUUCGUUAAUCUCUCUUUCUUCUGGAAGAGAAACUGAGAGCUUUACCCUGACCCUCUGACUCAGUACAAUGUCACCACUCCUUGGCCUCGUAUUAAAGUGUAACUAACGUUU